AGAGCCCAAAGACGGUGAAAUUCUUCAAGGGAACGCACGUUAUGAGGGCUACUCAAUGGAUCUGAUCGAUGCCAUAGCCAGAUUAUUAAAUUUCAAAUAUGAAUUUGUAUUAGCGCCAGAUGGAAAAUAUGGUAGUUUUAAUAAGAAGACACAAUCAUGGGAUGGAUUGGUGAAGCAACUUUUGGAGGGUAAUGCCGACCUGGGUAUUUGCGAUCUGACGAUGACCUCCUCACGACGUCAAGCUGUCGACUUCACCCCACCUUUCAUGACACUGGGCAUUAGUAUACUGUAUGCCAAGCCUGAGCAGCCGCCACCGGAUCUUUUCUCUUUCCUUUCGCCAUUUUCUUUGGAUGUCUGGGUGUAUAUGGCCACCGCAUAUUUGGGUGUAUCGCUAUUGAUUUUCAUGCUUUCACGCAUGGCACCAGCAGACUGGGAGAAUCCGCAUCCCUGUAAGGAGCCAGAAGAAGUGGAGAAUCCUUGGUGCAUGUCGAAUACGACUUGGUUGGCGGUUGGCUCUAUUAUGGGGCAGGGGUGUGAUAUAUUGCCGAAGGCUGCUUCGACGAGACUUGUAACCAGCAUGUGGUGGUUCUUCGCCUUGAUGAUGUUGAACUCUUAUACCGCUAAUUUGGCUGCUUUUUUAACAAUGUCCAGAAUGGAAAGCUCGAUAGGAAGCGCUGAAGAUUUGGCUGCGCAAAGCAAAAUUAAGUAUGGCGCUUUACUGGGCGGCAGCACAAUGGGCUUUUUUCGGGAUUCUAAUUUCACCACCUACCAACGCAUGUGGACCGCCAUGGAAACAGCGCGCCCUUCGGUAUUCACCAAGAAUAAUGACGAAGGCGUGGAGCGUGUGCUCAAGGGCAAGGGACUCUAUGCAUUUCUUAUGGAAUCCACAACGCUAGAGUAUAUUAUCGAACGAAAUUGUGAUCUGAUGCAAGUGGGUGGAUGGUUGGAUUAUAAAACCUAUGGCGUUGCAAUGCCAUUUAACUCGCCUUACCGUAAGCAGAUCAGCGGCGCUGUAUUGAAGCUGGGUGAAUCCGGUACGCUCUCCGAAUUGAAGCGCAAAUGGUGGAAGGAGAUGCAUGGCGGUGGAUCGUGUUCGCAAGCAGAGAGUAGUAGUGGUGACACGCCCGAAUUGGAUUUGGAAAAUGUGGGUGGUGUGUUUCUUGUGCUAGGCAUCGGUCUGCUCACUGCUAUUCUAAUUGGUGUGUGUGAGUUUUUGUGGAAUAUAAAAGCGGUGGCAAUUGAGGAAAAGAUCUCCCUCUCGGAAGCUUUUAAAAAUGAAUCUUUAUUCGCUCUACGCUUCUGGGUUCAAACUAAACCAGUACACACCUCUUCGACCAUCAGUGGCAGUUCGUCGUCCUCCUCCUCCUCUUCUUCCACCUCAAAAUCAUCUAAAUCCACCAAAUCGUCCUCAUCUUCGUCCACCUCAUCGAAACGCUCGAAACGCUCGUCGAAAUCGUAUGCACGCUCCCUUUCACACAGCACGAAAAGCAUCACCAAUGGCACACAUGAUCCGGAAAAGAAAGAAUUAUCUGUGCAUGAUAAGCUACGUAAGAUUAGUUCCAUGUUUUCAUUAAAAUCAGCACGUUCCGAACCUUCAGUGAACAAUGUACACUUGGAAGCCCUAGCAGCACCAAAAAAUAAUAACCCACAUCAACACCUCAACAACGAUAAUCACAAUCAUCAACCAGCGAUUCGCAAGAGCACACAAAUGGUGCGUGAAGUAGCACAGCAGACCACACCACUCUCAGAUGAGCACACGGAUGAGGAAGAGGAGGAGCGUCAGCAGCUGCAGCAGCAGCAGCAGGAAGCGGAAGAACAGCCCACAGCACCUCAACCGCUUCAGCAUCAACACCAUCAUCAUCACCAUCACAGGCAUCACAACCAUCAGCAUCAUAACCACCAUCAGCGUCAGGAUGUCGACCAGGCGCAUCAACAAUCUGAUUUGCCGCUGAUCGAGCGCGCGCAAAAUGGUAAGGUGUCACGUAAUGGACAAGCUGACUUUGGAAGUGCAGAAGUUUGA